CAGAAGUCAAGCAGUUGCAGUGUUGUGGGUUUGCAGUCUGCAGCUGUGUAUAAACUACAUCCUACAGGGACUAAUAACUGCAGCAAUGGACCAUCGAAUAACUAUUUGGAUAAAAGAAGAGAGGAAAAAUGACAUACCAAGUACACCAGGCUGCAUGGUCGAGGUAUACCCCUCCAGUGUGAAAAUAAAGGAAGAAUUGCAAGAUUAUGUGAAUGAAGAGUUACUUCAAGAUCCAUUGAAAAUCGUAGAGACUUGUUUCGAUGGAAAGGAAGAUGGAGGAAUGGAACUGAAUGCGAGUCCAUCUGAGCGUAAUAUUGAAGUAUAUGAAGAGUUCAUCAGUACUGAAUAUGAUCCUAUCAGAGUUAAGAAAGAGGAGGAUUCGGCAUCUGAGAAUGAUUGCCUCGAUGAAUGUGACCCACUGAGCAUGGCAGAUUAUCAGGAGGGAGCAUCGGAAGGAAGCGUACCAGGCAGUAUACGACUGAUUAAAACCACUGGUGAAGAAACAUGUCUGCAGGGAGCGACUGCUGAUGAGCUGGACAAUGCUGCAGAGAGAUCAGCACAUUCCGUAGGAAUUAGAACACCGAGGCAAGUUUCUUCCUCUCAGGAGCAAAUUGCCUUUUGCUCUAGUAAUAAUUACAAUUUUGAGGAAAAUGUCUUCACAUGUAGUUCAUGCCAGCAGUCGUUUUCAUCAAAAUACAGUCUCACAAUGCAUGUAUUCAUUCACAUUGAUGGAGUAGAGCCACCUGAGAAUAUCUGUAUGUGGUGUGGGAAAGUAUUUACCUCCCAUGACAGCCUCAGCAAGCAUUCUGUGGUGCAGAAGGUGAAAAGUCAAGAGAAAUGUGAUCAACAAAGCGCUCUUUCUGAUGAAUAUGAUAGUCUCCAGUUCUGUGAAGUAGUGUCCACUGCUGAGACACCACACACAUUUGAGUUUUGUGAGGAACCGUUCACUCCAUCUGCUCAAGCCAAUAAAAAUACAUUAGCAUACACUGUUGAGAGGCCACAUAAAUGUUCUGUCUGUGGGAAGUCUUUCACUGCGUCUGGUUCUCUCAAGAAACAUAUCUUACUACACACUGGUGAGAGACGUCACAAAUGUGAUUUUUGUGGUAAAUCUUUUACACGGGUUGAUUGUCUGAAGACACAUGAAUUAACACAUGGCGAAAGAACGCACAAAUGCGAAAUUUGUGGAAAAGCUUUUACUCAGUCUGGUCACCUCAAGAAGCAUGAAUUAAUACAUACUGGCGAAAAACGACAUAAAUGUGGUGUCUGUGGAAAAUCCUUCACGGAGUCUGGUACUCUCAAGAAACAUGUAUUAACACAUACUAGCGAGAGACCACACAAAUGUGUUGUCUGUGGGAAAGCUUUCAUUCAGUCUAGUAGCCUCAAGAAGCAUUCAGUACUACAUACUGGCGAGAGUCGACACAAAUGUGACGUGUGUGGUAAAGCCUUUCAUUACUAUUACCAUCUCAAGCACCAUGCAUUAACACACACUGGCCUGAAACCACAUAAAUGUGACAUCUGUGGUAAAUCGUUCACAGAGUCUAGCAGUCUCAAAAAGCACGAGUUGAUUCAUACUGGCGAGAGACCACAUAAAUGUGUCUGUGGUAAAUCUUUCACUGAGGCACGUCAUCUCAAGCAGCAUUUAUUAACACAUAAUGGCUUGAGGCCAUACAAAUGUGACAUUUGUGGAAAAGCCUUUAAUCACUUGUAUGUUCUCAAUAGGCAUGUGUUAAUACAUGUUGGUGAGGGAGCACAUAAGUGUGAUGUCUGUGGGAAAUCCUUUAGACAGUCUAGUAAUCUCAAGAGGCACACUAUAAUUCAUACUGGUAAAAGGGCACAUAAAUGAGAUAUGUGGGUCAGCUGUUAUUCCAUCUAAUGGUUUCAAAGGCACACAUUAAUAGAUACUGAUGAGAGAUCAAACAAAACUGACACCUGUGCAAAUGCCUUUCCCUUACUGGUUAUCUUGAGAAGCAUGCAGUAAUAAAUAAUUACAAGACAUUAUAUAAAUCUGAUAACCAUAGGGAAUGAAAUAGGUGUUAUUGAUGAUAUUAAUAAAAAAAACAUUCUUUUAUGAGAUUCUUUUCCUGUAUGAAUUAAUGAACGUCACUGAUCUGCCUAAAUCGCCCAAAAUCAGUAGUAUAUGUUGGAGAAGUGCUGUGGUUCUAAGACUGUUAGCUGCAGUGUCAGGUUUCUUACAGCUAAUAUUAGGUCAAUAGAUCAGUUAAUGUGUGUAUUACAGAGUUAAGAGUGAAUCUAUUAUCAGGGCUAGCAUUUUGUUUGAAAGUAAUAGUCUGCAUGGUGUAGAGAAGAAAUAUGACUAUUGUGAAAGAUAAUUCUUUGGAGACAUUUAAAGGCUACAGAUUUGUGUUUAGUUAACAAUAUUUACACAAAUGAACAUGUAUCAUCUUACAUGUGGAAAUGAGUGCAGAUAUUGUAAAAAACAAGGAAUAAGAAUUAUGUAAAAACUAUUUUGGUGAAAGUAGACAUUUAAAAUUGUGUAUUUGUAUGUAUUAAGUAUUUGUUUCAUAUCUGCAAAAUUACCCUGAGCCCUUGAAAGUUAACAAUAUAUUUAUAUCAGAUUUUUCAGUUCUUUUAAAUAGGGUGGUUUAUUAGGCUGUACUCUAGUAAUAUAGUUUUUCGUACUGAGAAGAAAAAUUCAUUCUCAGACGUUCAUUUGAGGUAUUUUUUAAAAUAUCAUUGGAACAGGCUGAAUGGUAUCCGUAAUUUAGUUCAUGGACCAGAUAUAAUGCGGAUGCAUCUUUUAUGAAGGUGUGGAUGAUGAUGCCUACUUGCAUAUUUUGUGAAAUUGAAUUCAUUCUUUGAGUUUGUGAGUAUUUAACAUAUUUUAUCAGUCCCCUGUGAAAUAUUGUGUCAUUACUUAUGUAUGUU